AUGUCGUGGACGGAGACGGCAGAAGCAUCGCUUGUGGGUGAAGCGGCAGCCCGUGCCGUUCGCUUCAGUGCCAAGAACCUGUACAUCAUCUCCGUGAAGGGGAUCAAGGGGCGCCUGAACAGGCUGCCGGCGGCCGGCGUGGGCGACAUGGUGAUGGCUACUGUCAAGAAGGGCAAGCCGGAGCUGAGGAAGAAGGUCCACCCAGCAGUGGUCAUUCGGCAGCGGAAAUCGUACAGGAGAAAAGACGGGGUGUUCCUCUAUUUUGAAGACAACGCGGGAGUGAUAGUAAAUAAUAAAGGUGAAAUGAAAGGCUCUGCGAUCACAGGCCCUGUGGCUAAGGAGUGUGCAGAUCUGUGGCCCAGGAUAGCCUCCAACGCGGGAAGCAUUGCGUGAACGCGUUCGUCUUCGCAGAGAUAAAAAUAAAAGUCCUUGUACCAAA